AUGACAAAAUUAACGAUAAUUAAAGAAUAUCAUGCAAAAGAAGGAUGGCUUGAAGCAAUAAGUGAAUGUGGAAAGUACGGUUUAUUGUUGAUGAAUCUGUUGGAUGAAAAUAAGUUAAAAAUGAUACCAUUGAUGAAGCAACAUCUUGCUGCUGUUGAUUUCAUACAAACAGCUUUACUGGCAUGUAGAGCUCUACAAAAACGUGGAAUCUUUGCCGGAACCGGUAAUAUAGAGAUGGUAAACAUUACCACUGCAAGUGAUACGGUAGGUAUUAGUAAAAUAAUGGAUGCUGCCACUGCUGAAAGCACUAGCACAAAUGAAGGUGACAAAGGUAGUAAUGCGGAGGUGAAGAUAUCGGCAGAAUCAAAAAGUGGAGAGUAUAUCGCAAUUCCGAGUAAUGAAGAUGUGAUAAGCAAUGCGGUUGAAAUUCCGGAAUGGGCAUGUGAUGAAAAGCAUUCGCCGAAUUAUAUCAUUUAUUGCCAGGGUGAAUUACUUCAUGCUGUAAUGAUGCUUAACAUUUUCAAAGAUUCCAAAACCUUUGUUGAUAAACCGCUAAAACGAGAUCCUGUUGAAAUUGCUGCAGAUUUUAAAAAGAAAUUUCCACGUAAUAUUACGGCAAAUGAUCGUGAAGCUAUACGACAAUUUAUUGAUGAAAAUUUUGACGAAGAAGGACAUGAGUUGGAAAAAUGUGACUUAGUGGAUUGGGAAGAGCAACCAGAGAAGCUACUGUCAAUAGCUGAUCCACAAUUACGCCAAUUUGCAUUAAAUGUCAAUUUAAUUUGGAAAAGCUUAUGUCGAACAAUUAAAAAAGAAGUUAUGAAAUAUCCAGAACGGCAUUCAUUAUUAUAUGUACCACAUGAAUUUAUUGUUCCCGGCGGUCGUUUUCGAGAAUUUUAUUACUGGGAUACUUACUGGGUUAUUAAAGGUCUUCUUGCUUCAGGAAUGCAAGAAACAUCACGUCGAAUGAUUCUUAAUUUUGAGUAUUUGGUAAAAACAAUUGGUUUCAUACCGAAUGGCGGUAGAGUGUACUAUUUGCGUCGAUCACAGCCACCAUUUUUCAUACCAAUGGUUUAUGAGUAUUAUAUGGCAACGGAAGAUGAUGAAUUUCUGCGUUCUAUAAUGGAUACCAUGGAAAUGGAAUUCAGUUUUUGGAAAUCGAGCCGAAUGAUUAAUGUUACAAUUAAUAAAAGAAAUCAUUCAGUGUUUCAUUAUCGUGCAGAUAGCAAUGUACCACGACCGGAAUCAUAUCGUGAAGAUUAUCAAACAGCAGAACGAGUUGAUCGACAAAAAAGGCGUAAACUAUGGCGUGAUAUAGCAAGUGCUGCCGAAUCCGGUUGGGAUUUUAGUAGUCGAUGGUUUCAAAACCGUAAAAGUAUGGAUACUAUAGUUACAUCCGAUAUUAUUCCGGCUGAUCUGAACGCUUUUAUGUAUUGGAAUAUGAAAAUUCUGGCACAUCUUCAAGGAGAAAUUGGUAAUCUUACUCGGCGUGAUGAAUUGAACCGAGAACGUUCGAAUUUUGUGGAUACGUUCGAAGCAGUAUUUUUUGAUACACGUGAAGGUGCAUGGUUCGAUUUGAAUUUGAAAACCGGAGAGCAUUACGAUGACGCAUAUCCAUCUUUAGCCGUUCCACUCUUCACCGAAUGUUAUCAUAUGCUAAAUAUUGGUAUGAUGGCUGACGUGUUGGAAACACUUCAACGAAAAGGAUUAUUACAAUUUCCGGGUGGCAUACCGGCAAGCUUAAUGAAAGGUACCAAUCAACAAUGGGAUUAUCCAAAUGGUUGGGCACCGAUAAAUCAUAUGAUCAUCGAAGGACUACGUAAAUCAAAUAAUCCAACGAUGCAACAACGUGCAUUUGAGAUUGCCAAUAAAUGGAUCAAUCGAAAUUAUGCGCUAUAUCAGAAGGAUCAUAAAAUGUGGGAAAAAUACGACGUUGCAAAAGAGUAUGUACGAGCUGCUAAAGGUGGUGAAUAUGAAAAUCAGUACGGCUUUGGAUGGACCAAUGGUGUGGUACUUGAUUUACUUGUAACAUUCAGUAAGAGAGCUGUGGUUAAGCCAACUGGUGGUGUAACUGAUGUACAUGGAACCGGACGACCUAAUGUAUCUGGUACCGACCGUACCCUUCUUACCCGAUAUUUAGAAACAGAAAAAUCUUCCGACUUAUUAUGGCGAUUUGCGAAACGAAUCUUAAUCCGAGCAUUGACUACUUUUUUGAAAUGCAAAAAUCCUGGUAACAGCGGUGGCUCCAUGGAAAUCAAAAGUUUAUGA